AUGCCUUCCUUCAAAGUGGCCAUGGAGAAUAACAGCAAUGGCGGCAAGAAAGAAUGGUUUAUUGACCCAGCAAACAGGGUGCCAGAAGUCCUGACUGGAGUCGGCUCGUACUUUGACAAAAGCGAGCAGAAGAAUAAGGACGAUCGAAAGAAAUCGAAGAUCCUAGAGCAAGGCGUGAAAUCCGACAAUAAGAGGAGCAACAACACAUGGUUUAGUCCCAUAUCGAAUAUUCGACCGAUAUGUUACAGCCCUUUUCCCCCCACAACAACCUUGCUUGACGAUGUGGAUGCAACAUGUUCCUUCCGAUCAUUCAUCGAGCGAUCGAUGAAGGAAGCUGUGAGAGGCGAGGACAAAGAUACCCAUAUGAGACAUAAAGAUGAAAGAUGA